AGCUCUGCUCCGUUGGGUCGUGGGAGUUUUUGCCCUCUGUUCCCGGUCCCCUCAGGCAGCACACCCCCAGGCGCUGCUCCUGCCCCGCGCUCCCUCCCUCUGCCUUUCACUUCCCAGCGCCAAGAUCUUGGAAGCCUUGAAGCUCAGCAAAGAAGGGGAUCCACUGAGAAUAGUCUGUAAAGGUAUCCCAAACCACCUGCCUGCCGAGACCCUACGUAAAAGCCUUGCAUAUCCUGCCACUGAGCGCUGCAGAGAUUUCAACUCUGAGAAAAUGUCAUUCAGAUUUGGCCAACACCUCAUCAAGCCCUCUGUGGUAUUUCUCAAAACAGAACUGUCCUUUGCCCUCGUGAACAGGAAACCUGUGGUACCAGGACAUGUCCUCGUGUGUCCCCUUCGGCCAGUGGAGCGCUUCCGAGAUCUGCGUCCCGAUGAAGUGGCUGAUUUGUUUCAGGCAACCCAGAAAGUUGGCACGGUGGUGGAAAAGCAUUUCCAGGGGACUUCACUUACCUUUUCUAUGCAGGAUGGCCCCGAAGCUGGACAGACUGUGAAGCAUGUUCAUAUCCACGUUCUUCCCAGGAAGGCUGGAGACUUUCACAAGAAUGACAGCAUCUAUGAUGAGCUCCAGAAACAUGACAAAGAGGAGGAGGACUCCCCAACCCUGUGGAGAUCGGAGGAGGAAAUGGCAGCAGAAGCCGCUGCGCUGCGGGUCUACUUUCAAUGAUGCAGGCAUGAAAAGUUAACACGAAAAAAUCCCAAGGCAUAAGGAAGCAGGCAUCAUUCUCUAGGACCCUGCGGCAUUGGAAAUGAAGCUGAGCAGACUUUAUUACAUCCUACAAUUCUACAACCUUUCGUAAAGCAUUUUAUUACACUUGUGGAAGCCAAAGGGGUUACGUUUCAAUCAUGAUGAUUGACAGGCUAACUUCAAAACAACGGCAUCAGCAGCCCUUCCACACUUCCUGCUCUGUCUACUUAGAACAGAACCCUUCCUAAACUGUUCCUUGGC